AUGACAGCAAAUACCACUUCUAAAAGAGACUUGUCGAAAGAAUUACUUGAAAUCUAUAAAAAAGGAUGUGAUAGCUACGAAGAUGACCGAGUGAUAGAAAUAGAGGUAAACGAAUGGCUCAAAACACACAGUGUACCAUCAGCACAAAUCUUCAAGAUGAUAUUUGAGCGAAGUAACGAUGCAACAGACUACAAAACUCUAUUAGCAUUUAUGUAUUGUCUGGGAAUAGGAACUGAAAUGAGUAAAGUUGAGAUGUUUCGAUAUUAUUUGCUUGCUGCAGAACAAGGGGAUCCGGAUGGGUUUAGUGGGUCGGUGGAUAAACAUCAGGCAAUAUAUUGGUAUCAGCGGGCAUUUGAUUCUGGAUAUAUGGAGUAUUCAAAGAAGCAAUUAAAUUGUAUCUUUUUGAAGAAUAGUUGA